AGGAUCACAGGGAUCCCGUGGGUCUGGCAUUUACAUAUUAGUUUACUGAAGUGUGUCAGGUAAGGAGGUUUCUGCUGAAAGCCUGUGUCGCAUUGGUACCCUCAUCAUUGCAAAGUAUAUGUGCAGUUGAUACGUACAGAGAUGUGUGUAUAUAUAGAACAUUAUGGUCUUAAAACCUGGUAGUUAAAGGAAGGCCACCAAGAGGUAUAUGCCUUGAGACAAGUUCCACCAGACAGCAGGUGGGAGGCAGGUAUCUCCCUGCUAACCAUUGUGUAUUGUGAGUCUUACCAUAGGAAUCAAUUUGCAUCCUGAGUCAAAUGCUAAUGAGGGGAUUGUGGGGAUGUCAGGAGAAGAAAUGUACAAAAAGAGGUGACCUGUGGGGUGAGGGGAGUGGGAAACCCUUUUUACAGGUGAACAACAGAGGACUGGUCUAAUAUAUCUAGGGAUGCAGAGAGACACCUGCACAUCCUUCAUCUGGGGAGACACUGCCAGCUGGUUUGGUCUUCUGAAAGGAGGUUCUCACGCUCAGCCAGCCGGGGUGCAAAUCACUGGGAGAAGGACUUUGAUGGAGCAGCACCUUGUUAGACAGGAGGGCAUCUUGUUACUUGAGUCUAUGCUCUAGAAUGUGUGUUAUGCUUUGUUAUGUAAAUCUUUGUUUCCAAUAGCUCUGCCUGUUGUCAUUUGAAUCUCUGGUCUUUGCUAGAUGUACGCUUGCUUUCUCUGGAACCCAGCCUAAGUGCUGAGGGUUGAGCACAGCAGUGAUCUGAGGUAGAACAGGUAAGCUGGGAUGUACUUUUCCUCUGAGAGCAGCCAGUCUGUGAACAUCAAGUGGAGCAGGGCCUGGGCAUUCCUGGGGAUGCUCAGGGAUGGAGUGUGCCUGUUACUAGCCUGCAGGGGGCAGUGGAGCUCACGUGGGCUGAGAGGGGAAUGCUGGUGUUGCCUGUGGCUCGUGGUGCCAGGGAGCUGAUCCCUGGCAGAGGCAGACAGGGCUUCCACAUGUGAAGGACAGGCAGUAGCGAGGUGCCUCCCAGGCCUGGGUAUCCCAAGAAGCCUCCCAAACACUGAGCAUGGAGCUAGAAGAACCCAUCCAGUCCCCAAGCAUCACCCUCUGAAGGAAGGGAUUAUAAAACAGGGGAGCUCCCCUCCUCCAGGGAAACAUGGUCCUGCACCCCUGCCAAGGCCCAACUCUCUGGGCUAGGGAGAUUUACAGGCUUCCCCCUUUUGCUCAGGCUGUCUCCUGGAUAUGUGGAGUGUCCUGUUCCACCCUGCCCCCGGGGGCGCAUAGGGAAUGGCUCCAGGCAGCAUGGAAAGAGUUAAGCCCCAUAAGGGGUUCUGAUUCAUUAUUUCAUCCCCUAGGAGCUGUGAGGCCACCCUGCAGCCCCUCUGGCCUUGCCUCUGUGUAGUGGCCCUCAAACAUUGCAGGAACAACACAGAGCCUCGCUGGGCUGGAGGCAGGAUCCUUGCAGACCAGAUUAUCCCAACUGCUUCUUCUGGCCUUUGUGUCAAGGGAGGAGGUCCCUGCAGCCAGAUUCAGCGCCAGCAAUUGGGGGAUAUUAGCGAGGAGCUGCCUUUAAUCCUUUCUCUCGUUCACAAACAACUCUGCUCUGCUACCUAAAUCAACAAGCCAUAAAACACCCCUGAAACAAUCUGCCUGGGUCUGUAAAGCCACUCACUGCUUUGGGAUUGUUUCCUUCCUAUGAAUGGGUUUUGCUGUAAAUUACAGAUCUGCGCGCAUUCCCUUGGGCCGAGCGAGCCUCUGCAGAGAAGCCAGCUCUGAUUGGUGUCUGGCUCCCCCAGCCCCUAAUUGAAGCCAAAUGUGCAAGAUGUGGGAUUGUGGGACGUUGGCCGGGGCCCAGGAAUCCGCAGAAUGCCCCAGCGCUCGGCGGCGUCUUGCAUCAGCCGGCAGAAGUUCGCGCUCGGCCGGGAAAAGAAAUCUGCGGCCCCUCUCCGGCGCGUCUUGGGCUGCUGCUCUGGGGCUGAAGUAACCUGCCGUGAUGAUCUCCCCUCCCAGGAUGCCCCUCCUGCUGCUGCUGCUCCACAUCCCAAGUGCUGCCAAAGCUCAGGUUAAUCCAGCUGUGUGCCGUUAUCCCCUGGGCAUGUCAGGCGGCCACAUCCCGGACGAAGACAUCUCCGCCUCCAGCCAGUGGUCUGAAUCCACAGCAGCCAAGUAUGGAAGGCUUGAUUCAGAAGAGGGUGAUGGGGCUUGGUGUCCGGAGAUCCCUGUUGAGCCGGAUGACCUCAAGGAGUUCCUUCAGAUUGACCUGCACGCCCUGCACUUUAUCACCCUGGUAGGGACCCAGGGGCGACAUGCUGGCGGCCACGGCAACGAGUUUGCACCAAUGUACAAGAUCAAUUACAGCCGGGAUGGCACCCGGUGGAUUUCCUGGAGGAACCGGCAUGGGAAGCAGGUGCUGGAUGGAAACACCAACCCUUAUGACAUUGUCCUCAAGGACCUGGAGCCUCCCAUCAUAGCUCGCUUCAUACGCUUCAUUCCCAUCACUGACCACUCCAUGAACGUCUGCCUGCGAGUGGAGCUCUAUGGCUGCACAUGGCUAGAUGGGCUGGUUUCCUACAAUGCUCCUGCUGGACAGCAGUUCAUCCUUCCCAGCGGCACAGUCAUUUACCUCAAUGAUUCUGUGUAUGACGGCGCUUUUGGCUACAGCAUGACUGAGGGACUGGGCCAGCUGACGGAUGGUGUUUCUGGCCUGGAUGACUUCACACAGACCCAUGAGUACCACAUGUGGCCUGGCUAUGACUACGUGGGGUGGCGCAAUGAGAGCGCUGCUGGGGGCUACAUUGAAAUCAUGUUUGAAUUUGAUCGGAUCAGAAACUUCACCACCAUGAAGGUGCACUGCAACAACAUGUUUGCCAAGGGGGUGAAGAUCUUCAAGGAAGUUCAGUGCUAUUUCCGCUCCGAUGCCAAUGAGUGGGAGCCCAACACCAUCUCCUCAGUGCUGGUGCUGGAUGAUGUCAACCCCAGUGCGCGGUUUGUCACCGUGCCCUUGCUUCAUCGCAUGGCCAGCGCCAUCAAGUGCCAGUAUUACUUUGCCGACACCUGGAUGAUGUUCAGUGAGAUCACUUUCCAGUCAGAUGCAGCCAUGUACAACAACUCCGGAGCCCCUUCCGAGUCUCCUGUAGCACCCACCACUUACGAUCCAACCCUCAAAGUGGAUGAUAGCAACACACGCAUCCUAAUUGGCUGCCUGGUGGCAAUCAUCUUCAUCCUGGUGGCCAUCAUUGUCAUCAUCCUGUGGAGGCAGUUCUGGCAGAAGAUGCUGGAGAAGGCUUCUCGGCGGAUGCUGGAUGACGAAAUGACCGUCAGCCUCUCCCUGCCUAGUGAAUCCAGCAUGUUCAACCACAACCACUCCUCCUCAUCUAGCGAGCAGGAGUCCAACUCCACCUAUGACCGUAUCUUCCCCCUGGGCCCAGACUACCAGGAGCCCUCACGGUUGAUCCGCAAACUGCCAGAGUUUGUCCCAGGAGAUGAAGAGGCAGGCUGCAGUGGAGUUGUCAAACCCGCCCAGCCAAGUGGCCCCGAGGGAGUCCCCCAUUAUGCAGAAGCUGACAUUGUGAAUCUGCAGGGGGUGACAGGCAGCAAUACCUACUCUGUGCCUGCCAUCACUAUGGACCUGCUCUCGGGCAAGGAUGUGGCUGUGGAAGAGUUCCCUAGGAAACUGCUAACCUUCAAGGAGAAGCUUGGAGAAGGCCAGUUUGGGGAGGUUCAUCUCUGUGAAGUAGAGGGGAUGGAAAAGUUCAUGGACAAAGAUUUUGCUUUGGACAUCAGCUCCAACCAACCUGUCCUGGUGGCUGUGAAAAUGCUGCGAGCAGAUGCCAACAAGAAUGCCAGAAAUGACUUUCUGAAGGAGAUUAAGAUCAUGUCACGGCUCAAGGACCCCAACAUCAUCCGGCUGCUGGCAGUGUGCAUCACUGACGACCCUCUCUGCAUGAUUACUGAGUACAUGGAGAAUGGCGACCUCAACCAGUUCCUAUCCCGCCACGAGCCCCAGCUCCCCCCUGCCAGCAAUGGGCCCAUUGUCAGCUACACUGACCUGAAGUUCAUGGCCACUCAGAUUGCCUCUGGUAUGAAGUACCUCUCUUCUCUGAAUUUUGUGCAUCGGGACCUGGCCACACGCAACUGCUUGGUGGGUAAGAACUACACCAUCAAAAUAGCAGACUUUGGCAUGAGCAGGAACCUGUACAGUGGAGACUACUACCGAAUCCAGGGGCGGGCCGUGCUCCCUAUUCGCUGGAUGUCCUGGGAGAGUAUUUUAUUGGGAAAAUUCACUACAGCCAGUGAUGUCUGGGCUUUUGGGGUGACACUAUGGGAGACCUUCACUUUUUGCCGAGAGCAGCCAUAUUCCCAGCUGUCAGAUGAACAGGUCAUUGAGAAUACCGGAGAAUUCUUCAGGGAUCAGGGGCGGCAGACAUACCUUCCCCAACCUGCUCUCUGCCCUGAUCCUGUCUACAAGCUAAUGCUCAGCUGCUGGAGACGAGACACAAAAGAUCGCCCCUCCUUCCAGGAAAUUCACCACCUCCUGCAACCAUCAGCCACCGAAGAGUGACACUUCGCUUCCCUUACACGUCCUGCUCCUCAUCCCACCCCAGAAGACCCACCUGUAAAAACUGAAGCCACUUCACCUGGACUCACAACAAAACCUGGGCAGUGGGGCUUCUUCUACUGCACAUUAAAAAACCACCAUAAGCGGAGAAAAAAAUGAGAAGGAACUAAGCCUAGAUCAGACCAAAUCCAUAAUUCAUAUGACAAGCUAACUCUGGAAUGACAAAGGAUGAACAAGGGUUAUUGACAGAUGUGGCAUGUUCCUGUUUAUCAGUGGAUUCAGUCAAAGAGGAUUAUGUUUUCCCGUUUUGGAAGGGGAAAAGUAAGGCCCAUGUUCUCCAUGAGGUUCCUCGUGUGCUGGAAAUGCAUCCGUGGAUGGGAGCACACACCAGGAAAGUGCGUGGUAAAGGGAGGGUAUUUGGGGAAUGUGCCAAGUGGAGGGAAUGCAGGUGAGGAACACGGUGAUGCAGGAGUUGCCACUAAAGCAGAUUGGGCUGUGCAAUUACAAAGUGAAAACUGAACCUGUCUGGACACUUUUAGGCUUCAGACAGGCUAAACGGAUUUAGCAUUUGCCUGGUUAGGAUUCCUCCCAUCCUUGUUUUGUUACAGCCCGUUAGACAGGGGAAAGCCCAAACACAUUGUGUAGUAGAAUGUGCCAGCUGCUGGGCUUGAACAUGCAUUCUGCUUGGUAGGUGAACAUUCCCACUGCAGUGGGGGCAUUUUGCUUUCUGAGGAGCAUAUGGUUUACUGCAUCUGCUGCAGGACGAAUGAGGAAUGACAAGCCACCCAUCUAGAGGACAGCCGAGGUGCCCUCUUCUGACUCAGGCACGGCCUCUUGAGAGGACUUUAUGUCCCUGAGAAAUGCAUUCUGCAUCUGCUGUUCAUGCUAUCAGGGUAGGGAAAUCAUACAGCUACCAGAUUAGUGAGGUAGGUGCCAGCUCUGCAUUUCCUGAGAAUCAGGGUUAGAGAGAUGUUUUAGAACAAACAUUUCAUUUCAAAGGUUAAAUGGCCAUAAUCGCUCAGUUCCCUCCCCAUGUAUAACCCCCCGCCCCUGAGCUUUAAUAAGGAAAGGAACAGGAUGUUGCACUGCUCUGGAUAUCCGCCAGCACCAAGGGCUGCCACUAGCACCCACCCCUGGCUGCAGUAACCUUGAGUACCAUGAUAACAUUGUUUGUUGUGAAUACAAUGCCUGGAGUUACCACUAACGAUAGCUCCUCUCCUAUCCACCCUAUCUUGACACAGAGGCUCCCUUGGCAUGUCAUGUUCUUUUCUAGGACUUUGUCUGAUUUUAGCUGUGGUCUGGAAGGAUUUCCAACUGAAAGUACUUGGGACCAAUCUAGCUGUGGUUGGAGCUUCUAUGAGAAUGAAUGUGCUCCCCGGCAUUCCCCAGAUUUGGUUGCUACAUGAAUGAUUUGGGCAGUGUCCCUACUGACGCUGUUUACUCUGUCAGUUUCCAGUCAGUGUACACAAAGGGACUUGCUGAUGCAAUGGGUGUGAAAGUGAGACCCUUAGAGUAUGGAAUACACCUCUGUUUCCUACAAGGAUGCCUCUUAUUUGCAUACACACCAGUCCUUGAAAUUCAACAGAGAACACAGUUGGUCUGAUACGCUCAUACUGAGAUGCCCAAACCUCUAGCACUGUUUCCAGUAUACUAUAACCUAGCAUGGCUAGGGCAUGCGUAUAUGAGCGCUUUGCCUAUGCUAAGUGAGCAAACCAUUGCAGGGACUUGGCCUGUGCGAAAUAGUUGGCUGCCUCACUCGUCCUGACAGCAGCUGGUAUGUCAACACAGCAGCUCUAUUUGCAUCAGAACCAUCUUGGCUAUCAGCACCCAGAAAGACUUGCAACUGCAGUUGUACCAAUUGCCAGGGUAUCUAGAAUGACUCACGAAUAUGGGUGCCAGUCUCAGGGCAGUCUGUUAAGAAACAAGGCACGAACCCCAAACUUCUUGUAUGUUCUGUACUUAGAUUUCAUCAACCAAGUAACAAAUGUGAACUCCUCAACCACUGUAACAGCCUUAAGAGCCAUAGACAGUCCCCUCGGGCGCUCAGGGCUGUCUUGUCACCCAGGCAAGCUUGCCUCUGUGACAGAUGGUCCCUUACACCAAAAAUCACAGCAAUAUUCAGGUUAUUCCCAGUCCCAAAGUACCAGUCACUUACCCCAGGUCAAGUGCACCCUAGAUUUCUCACUAAAGAUAAUGUUUGUAGCCAAUCCUGUAAUAAACUAUCUAAAGGUUUAUUAAAAGAAAUAAGAGUUAUUUACAAGGUUAAAGCAGGUGCAAAAGAUAACGAUAGCUGCUAUAGCGUGCAAGCUUUAUAUGUUCUUUAGGGCUAACCCAGCUGCGGAUCU